AUGAAAGAAAACGAAAGGAAAUGUUACAAGUGUGGAUGUUCUCCUGCUCAUGAUCGUAACAUCACCUUGCAUCGUUUUCCUAAGCCUGGGAGAACAAAUAGCGUACGAUGUGAAUUAUGGGCGAAGUACUGUUUUCCUCAUGAAUCUUGGUGGUCACCAGAAUUUCAAAACAAUCUUCAUUCUAGGCAUUUAAGGUGGCACAAGUCGCGGGCUCGAACUCGCUGGUGGGCGCGGCCAAAAAGCACGCUGUCUCACCUGGCAUCGUGCCCGACAGAGAUAGUAUCAGUGAUGAGCAUAUCGACACUAGUAUUCACGCAUGUCUUGUUCGUACGGUGUUCCGAACCGUUAGAAUGA